AUGCCGUUCCCACCUGUAAAACCGAGGAUUUCUUCCCCAACUAGAGACGCGUUCCGAGAGGAGCAUCCUGGUAGCGUUUCUCAGCCGCUAUUUAACACAACGACUACAGAGCAGGACUCUGAAGAAGACCGGACCGCUAAGUCAGCGUGUCUAAAACAGCUAGGACGAAAGACUCAAUCGAAGAGCAAACUUCCGAUUCAUAAAGGGGGCAAUCUGCGGGUGGAAGGCAAGCCCCCGUGUCUGAAUCUGCCCCAAAACAGCGCGCCGCUCUCGGGUACACCGAAAAGGGGUGCGCGUUCCCCACGGAACAUGCCGAAGGAACCGGAGGAGGAGGAGAUACGGCUGUCCCUCAGCCUCACUCCCGAGUCCGUGCAGGUGCUUCAGAAGCGCAGUUUGAUAAAGCAGAUGGCGAGUUGCGCUUCGUCUUCAGGCUCUCGUCGCAGACAGGAUUUUUCCUGCAGAAUAGUCCAAGGACCCAGAAGCAACAUUCCUGUACCCAAAGCAGGAAAUAUCAGUGACAUCAGUGCAAUCGUUAAAAUCUCUCUGUUGAAUGAGCACUAUAAAUAUGACGACGUAGAGUACGAAGAAGAAAACCGGAAUGUGGACGAGACAGUUAUCAGAAAGUGCAAAGAGUGGCUCAGAGGAGUGGAGAGCGCUGCUUCCUUUGGGAAAGCCGACACAUUCGCUGUGUCGCAACUAAAGAGCCGCUGA